GACUCCUAUGACAAUUUCUUGAGCCACGCCUGGGCGAGCUCCGGAUGGCUGAAGUAUCUGUCCCUGCUCAUCCUGUUCAACGCCCGGGCCGCAAUGGUGUCUACGAUCCUAAUUUCCGUUCUGAUUGGCGUGCUUCGCAUGAUGGCCAUCCUGCCGAACAUGGUGUGGACACAGCUUCCGUGCUAUGUAAUCUAUUUUUCGACGCUCGCUAUGUGGCAGCGGAUACGUGAUAUUUUCAGAUCGCCUCGCAUCGUCUUCCUUGACCGUCUCUGCAUCCCACAAGAUGACGAGGAGAAGAAAUCUGAAUGUAUUCGCGGGCUUGCUGGUUACCUGGAUCGAGCACACACCUUGACCGUCUUAUGGUCGAAUGAGUACUUUGGCCGGCUCUGGUGCGUGUUUGAGCUGGCCACUUUUCUCCGGAAUCGGCGCAGCCGGCCCAUCCAGCUUCUGCCAGUGGAGAUGUCCAUGCUUGCCUUUUUGAUAGGUCUCUGCUACAGCAUGGUAAAUCUGGCCUACCGGACCAUCAUGGAGGCCCGCAACAUGACCUUCGCUGGGAGCCUCAAAACAACCCCCUGGCUGGCCACCCUCAGGGCCUCUGGCUGGCUGGCACUGAUUGGCGUGCCGGUGAUUCCGUUUUACAUAUAUCUCGGCCUGGACUUCAUGAUGAAACUUCGACUCCUACCGACGCAGCUUCGCACUUUCGAUGCUCGGAAGGCUAGCUGCUACUGCUGCACGACGAAAACUCCCAUCUUUUGCGACCGGAAGCUGAUUAUGGAAAAGCUAGCGGAGUGGUAUGGCGACCCCGAAGACUGCGAAGACACGGAUAUGGAGAUCGAUGGAGCGAUUGAGCAGUUCAACCACUUGGUGCGCAAGGAGCUCGCCGACGUUUUCCUUGAGAUGAUGUCCGGCCGCGAUGUUCUGUGGCAAUACAUAUACCUCUUGAUCGGCAUGAACUGUCCGGUCUGCACCUAUCUCCUGGGAGACAUGGGCUUCCCCCCGGACUCGAUGGAAGGCUGGGCCCUGCAUUCCUGGAGAGCCAGAGAGUGCACCAGCUUCGUCCACCUCUUCUUGCAAAUAUUUGCAGCGGUGCAGAUUUUCUCGACAGUGUGGACUCUUGGGGCGAUAUAUCUCAAAGAUCAUCAUCGGUUCAUGGCUGCUUUGAUAUUGACCCCCAUUCUGAUUGUCUUGGCGGUGGGGCUAUUCUACUAUCCGUUCCGGCUCUGUUUGGAACUCUCCGUUGACGGCAGCCUGCCACUGCCAUUGACAGCCGUGUCUCGACACGCUCUAGUUGAAGGUGCUGGGAUCGCCAUAAAGCAAGACGGCUCAGGCCACAACAGUUUCACCGUACACGUGCUUGCAUUUUGA